GUUCUUUACUUCCUUCUGACUUUACCAGCUGUUCUCUCGCCCGCCGCUCUCUUCCGCAAUGGUUGGCUUUCUGUCCUUGUCCUUGCUCUCCCUUCUGGCUGGUUCCGCGUUCUCAGUCAUCCUGCCCGAGCAGGAAGUCAUCUUGGAUGCUCCUGCACGGACUAUGGAAGGCUGGUCGUACGUCAACUGUGGCCUACCAUCAGACGUCGUUCAGGUCAAGUCGAUAACAUUGUUUCCAGAUCCUCCAAAGCCCGGCAAGGACCUUAUUAUUACUGCCGUGGGGACUGUAAACCAAGUUGUUGAGGAUGGAGCCUACGCAGAUGUAACAGUGAAACUUGGUGUAAUCAAACUUUUGCAUAAGCAGUUUGAUGUGUGCCACGAAGCUCGCGCUGCCAACGCUUCCAUUCAAUGCCCAGUUGAGAAGGGAGAGUAUACCGUCGUGCAGAACGUCACUUUGCCCAAUGAGAUUCCUCGAGCCAAAUUUUCCGUCAGCGUAAGGGGGUAUACAGCAGAGGAUGAAGAUAUGCUUUGCUUGGAUUUGAAGGUCGACUUCAUGCAGUCUCCAUUCCCCAGGAUUCUUUGAUGACCGGCAUGUGAUGGUCGAUUCUCGGAAGCCCUUCGCAGCAUUACUCGUGUACGAACAGUAGAUAAGACCGACCGUCUCUUUGUCCGUUUCUCAGCUUCAUUGUUAGCCCUGUACGACACUUGAUGCUAUGACUAUACCAACUGAAUGUUUGUAGUAUAUCGUUGGACUUCAGUCUUCAUAUUCUAGCCAUGUUAGCACGUGGGAGAUUACAUAGGAUC